GCCGCAUCCAUCUUCGUUAUGGCGACACCAAGGUAUCAGACGCUGCAGGAGCUGAUUCAACGAAUGUCCAAGGAGACAUCGCCAUCCAGCCGGCAGUCUCUCUCUGAGCAAAUCAGAAUUUUGGCGACACUCGGCGCGCAAGACCUCCAUGUCCUACGACAGAAUCCUUUCGACUAUCCCCCGACCAUUGCUGUGCCACUAGGAGACAUCAUGACAGACUUAAGCACUAUCAACGUCGUUCUCUCGAUGUGCAGCCUAGGGGUAGAAUCACUCACUGACCUUGCCAUCGAGCAGGUCCGAAGCCUCUGGUCCGAGAUCGUCAUGUGGCUUGACUUCCUUCACCCCGGCAACCUCGUACUCUGCAGAAAUGUAUCAUUGUCCCCCCUUGUCAUCGUAGGAACCUCGUCGUGCAUGGCAGCCGCUCUCUCCUACAUCUUUCGCUGGAAGCAUCGCUUCUUGGAUUUACUUGGGCAAGCUCCACAAUGUUAUCGGAUUGCCAUCGAUCUGUGGCUUAGAUUCCCCAUUUAUACUCAGCAAUCUGACUUCGACGAGAAUACAUACACAACGUAUGAUCUCCUCGCGGAAACCUUGCCCACUGUGUUCGCAAUCAACGGCGAGCCUCCGUCUGUGGUGGACUUCAUCGCGAAAGAGGAGGCAAUGGCUGUUGUCGGGCAUCGAGCGGGGCGUCUUCACAGGAAGGCGAUGAUCUGCCUGAAGCUCUGCGCGCAAAGCAGGUAUGCCGAGGCUGCGUCGAUGACGUCGAACCAGAUAUCCGCCAUGCGUUUCCUCGUGAAACAUGUCCUCCCCAUGCCCUGCUUUCCGCGCGACUUCGUGCGCGACAUCGUUCACAUCACCCGCCUUCUGCAGGGGCAGAACCAGAUUGACAACGCAGUCGCCGGCUGUCGGUUGCUUGAGGACGUCUGGGAGAAGGCCGCCGACGACCGGUCCAUCAUCUGGGCGAUUAACGCGGGGAUUAUGCCUGUGCUCAUCGCCGUGAACCGCGAGGGAUAUCUCACGCCAACGAUGAAGAUCGUCGUGAAGCGAACUGUUUUUCUCCCCGUCGCUCGCGCGCUGGCCAAAAAACAUCCGGAAGGACUGGAGCUUAGGAACGGGGGCAUGCAACCGGACCUGGCCGUCCCAAUGCACGAGGAGCUGGCGGACCGAAUGAAUAUCGCUAAGGAUUAUAUGGCAUCUGCGCCAAUAGCAAGCGGCUCAACGGAGCGCGCUACCGACGCCGACGCUGAUCUAUUGCGACGAUCACCGGCGAUCGAGACGAUCUGGACGAGCCAGAUGCGACGAGAGUGGAGCCGAUACGCAAUCGGCAGAGAUCCACCACUUCCCACCGACGAGGAAGACGAUGAAGACGAGAACCUGCUGUCCUCCGGCGACAGCACACCCUCCCAUCCAUCCAUCGCGCACCACCUACCCUCUAUCGACGCCGAGUCAAAGCGCACGCACGGCGGAGCCUCGUGCAUGGUCGUUUGCGCAGAUUAUUGGUCGCGCCGACGGAGCGGCGGAGAGCACGAGACGUGGCGGGAGUCCCGAGACCCAGUAGCUGAGUGAAGGCUGUUGGCGAUCACCCCGACGAGACGAGACGUGACGACGAAGAAAAUUUUCGGAUGCCCAACGCUGCCGACGCCGACGACGAUCACCACCUUCCUUUUUGGGCGAUUUCGACGACGCGUCGUUCUCUGGGCCCAAUUUGGUAAUCGCGACGUGUCGCUGCUGCCGAACGAUAAUUGCAGGUUUGUUUGGAUUCUGGGGGUGCAUUCUACUCACAAUAUGGUACCUACACUCUACUAUACCUCGUGCGACGUGCAGCGCUUGUGGGGGUGUGUGGAAUUUGGGUUUCGGCAAUCGCCGCACGCGCACGUGAUCAGCGCAUUAUAUACCGCAUUUUACGAGACCUGCUUGUCAGGUUUCGUUUUAGUAUGGUGAAAGCGUCCACCUGAUGGUAAUCACUCGCC